CUCCCUGCCUCCCUCCCUCGUCAUGUUUCCCCUCUGACAAGGGGCCGCCGCCACCACCACCUUCUCCUCUGCAGCCGCCGGAGGAGAGGACGCCCCCCGCCACCGCCCGGCUGGGACUCGCCCCGCGGCCCCGCCAGCCUUGCCCGGAGCGGACCCGGGACUAAUGGCUGAAAAAUAACCAAAUAUGGCAGCUAUGGUACCACCUGUGAAGCUGAAAUGGCUGGAACAUCUGAACAGCUCUUGGAUCACUGAAGAUAGUGAAUCUAUCGCUACAAGGGAGGGCGUCUCGGUCUUGUAUGCUAAAUUAGUCAGUAAUAAAGAAGUCGUUCCAUUGCCUCAGCAGGUUCUCUGCCUCAAAGGGCCUCAGUUACCAGAUUUUGAACGCGAAUCCUUGUCAAGCGAUGAACAGGACCAUUACUUGGAUGCCCUUCUUAGCAGCCAGCUGGCUCUGGCUAAGAUGGUGUGCUCAGACUCUCCCUUUGCUGGGGCUCUUCGCAAACGUUUGCUUGUUUUACAGCGUAUCUUUUAUGCACUUUCUAAUAAAUAUCACGAUAAAGGCAAAGUGAAACAGCAACAGCAUUCUCCAGAAAGCAGUUCUGGGUCAACAGACAUCCAUUCUGUCAGCGAGCGGCCUCGGUCAAGUACAGAUGCCCUUAUAGAAAUGGGGGUCCGGACUGGACUAAGCCUGUUGUUUGCACUACUACGGCAAAGUUGGAUGAUGCCUGCUUCAGGACCUGGGCUCAACCUUUGCAAUGAUGUCAUCCAUACUGCAAUAGAGGUAGUGAGCUCCUUACCACCUUUGUCUCUAGCGAACGAAAGUAAAAUCCCACCAAUGGGCCUGGACUGCCUGUCUCAAGUCACGACUUUUCUUAAAGGAGUAACAAUUCCCAACUCUGGAGCGGAUACUCUUGGCCGAAGGCUAGCUUCUGAGCUGCUGCUUGGCUUGGCUGCUCAACGUGGCUCCCUGCGGUAUCUCUUGGAAUGGAUCGAGAUGGCCCUGGGUGCGUCGGCUGUGGUGAACACCAUGGAGAAGAGCAAAAUGCUGCCCACGCAGGAGGGGAUGAUUGGCUUUGAUUGUUUCAUGAAUAUAUUGAUGCAAAUGAGGCGAUCGUUGGGAUCAUCUGCUGAUCGAAGUCAGUGGAGGGAGCCAACAAGAACUUCAGAAGGCGUCUGUUCUCUUUAUGAGGCAGCUUUAUGCCUCUUUGAGGAGGUUUGUCGCAUGGCGUCAGACUACUCGAGGACAUGUGCUAGCCCAGACAGCAUUCAGACUGGCGAUGCUCCUAUUGUUUCUGAGACCUGUGAAGUGUAUGUUUGGGGCAGCAACAGCAGCCACCAGCUUGUGGAAGGAACGCAAGAGAAAAUCCUUCAGCCCAAGUUGGCUCCAAGUUUUUCUGAUGCUCAGACAAUUGAAGCUGGCCAGUACUGUACUUUUGUAAUAUCUACGGAUGGCUCUGUACGGGCCUGUGGCAAAGGCAGUUAUGGCAGGCUAGGCCUGGGCGAUUCCAACAAUCAAUCUACUUUGAAAAAACUGACUUUUGAGCCUCACAGAUCGAUCAAAAAGGUCUCCUCAUCCAAAGGCUCCGAUGGCCACACACUGGCGUUCACAACAGAAGGAGAAGUCUUCAGCUGGGGUGAUGGAGACUAUGGAAAACUGGGCCAUGGAAACAGUUCUACACAGAAAUAUCCAAAACUUAUUCAGGGCCCUUUGCAAGGAAAGGUAGUUGUAUGUGUAUCUGCAGGAUACAGACACAGUGCUGCUGUAACGGAAGAUGGCGAAUUAUAUACCUGGGGUGAAGGAGACUUUGGUAGACUAGGUCAUGGUGACAGCAACAGCCGUAACAUUCCAACAUUAGUGAAAGAUAUUAGCAACGUAGGAGAGGUUUCAUGUGGUAGCUCACAUACUAUAGCUUUAUCCAAAGAUGGGCGGACUGUUUGGUCAUUUGGAGGAGGAGAUAACGGCAAACUUGGUCAUGGUGACACCAACAGAGUGUAUAAACCAAAAGUUAUAGAAGCCCUUCAGGGGAUGUUCAUACGGAAAGUUUGUGCUGGAAGUCAAUCUUCACUUGCUCUAACCUCAACAGGGCAGGUGUAUGCCUGGGGCUGCGGGGCGUGCCUGGGAUGUGGCUCUUCGGAAGCGACAGCGCUCAGGCCCAAGCUGAUUGAAGAGCUGGCCGCCACACGGAUCGUGGACAUUUCCAUUGGGGACAGCCAUUGUCUGGCGCUUUCUCAUGAUAAUGAAGUCUAUGCUUGGGGUAACAACUCCAUGGGGCAGUGUGGCCAAGGAAAUUCCACAGGGCCCAUUACUAAGCCAAAGAAAGUGAGUGGCUUAGAUGGAGUUGCCAUUCAACAGAUUUCAGCUGGAACGUCCCAUAGUCUGGCCUGGACAGCCCUUCCCAGAGACCGACAAGUGGUUGCCUGGCAUAGACCUUACUGUGUGGAUCUUGAAGAAAGUACCUUCUCCCAUCUCCGUUCUUUCCUUGAGCAGUAUUGUGACAAGAUCAACAGUGAGAUUCCUCCACUUCCUUUCCCUUCCUCAAGGGAGCACCACAAUUUCCUGAAGUUAUGUCUGAAAUUGCUCUCCAACCACCUUGCUCUUGCUCUCGCUGGUGGAGUUGCAACAAGCAUUCUCGGAAGGCAGGCUGGCCCGCUUCGGAAUUUGUUAUUUAGACUGAUGGACUCUUCUGUCCCAGACGAAAUCCAGGAGGUUGUAAUUGAAACUCUGUCAGUGGGGGCAACAAUGCUGCUGCCUCCCUUGAGAGAGAGGAUGGAGCUGCUCCACUCACUCCUGCCCCAAGGUCCUGACAGAUGGGAGAGCCUCUCCAAAGGGCAGCGAAUGCAGCUGGAUAUAAUUCUGACGAGUUUGCAGGACCAUACGCAUGUAGCCUCCUUGCUUGGCUAUAGCUCACCAUCUGAUGCCACAGAUGUUACCUCACUCUGUAUUAGCUAUGGAAAUAUCUCUGAUCCUACAUAUGGUGCCCAAGGUAACCAUCCAGACACUCAUCUGGCUGAAAUUUUAAUGAAGACUCUUCUGCGAAAUUUAGGAUUUUAUACAGAUCAAGCGUUUGGAGAGCUGGAAAAAAACAGUGACAAGUUUUUGCUUGGAACAUCGUCAUCAGAAAACAGCCAGCCUGCUCAUCUUCAUGAAUUGCUGUGUUCCCUGCAGAAACAACUUCUAGCAUAUUGUCAUAUCAACAGUGUUAGUGAGAAUUCAAGUAGUGUUGCACUUCUGCACAAGCACCUUCAGCUUUUACUGCCUCAUGCUACAGAUAUUUAUUUCCGCUCUGCUACUCUGCUUAAAGAGAGUUCUUGGAAUGGUAGUGUUGGGGAAAAACUAAGAGAUGUGAUCUACGUGUCUGCCGCAGGAAGCAUGCUUUGCCAGAUUGUUAACUCCUUGUUACUGCUGCCUGUGUCAGUAGCCCGACCUUUACUGAGCUACUUGCUAGAUCUGUUGCCACCUUUGGAUCGCCUUAACAGACUGUUGCCAGCUGCUGUUCUUUUAGAAGAUCAGGAGUUACAGUGGCCUCUUCAUGGAGGGCCUGAACUGGUUGAUCCUGCUGGAGUGCCCUUACCGCAGCCUGCCCAGUCGUGGGUGUGGCUUGUUGACCUUGAGAGAACUGUGGCUCUGCUGAUUGGGCGAUGUCUUGGUGGUAUGCUUCAAGGCUCUCCUGUGUCCCCCGAGGAGCAAGAUACUGCUUACUGGUUGAAAACACCGUUGUUUAGUGAUGGAGUUGAAAUGGAUAUUCCACAGUUAGACAAGUCCAUGAGUUCCCUGUUGGAGGUUGCCCUCUCUGGAAAUGAAGAACAAAAGCCCUUUGAUUACAAGCUCCGUCCAGAAAUCUCAGUCUUUGUGGAUCUGGCAUUAGGUUGUGCAAAGGAACCUGCUCGCAGCCUCUGGAUCAGUAUGCAAGACUACGCAGUUAGUAAAGAUUGGGACAGUGCCACCUUAAGUAAUGAGUCACUUUUGGAUACUGUGUCUAGAUUUGUUCUGGCUGCCCUUCUGAAACACACAAAUUUGCUUAGUCAAGCAAGUGGCGAAAGCAGGUAUCAGCCUGGCAAAGCCUUAGUAGAAGUCUAUCGGUGUGUAUAUAAAGUGCGGAGUCGUUUGCUUGCUUGCAAGAACUUGGAACUUAUUCAGACUAGGUCAUCCUCGAGAGAUAGAUGGAUGUCAGAAAAUCCAGAGUCUUCAGACAUUGAUGCUCAGGAACACUCUUUUACCCGGACUAUUGAUGAAGAAGCAGAGCUGGAAGAGCAAGCGGAAAGAGAGAGAGAAGAAGGACACCUGGAACAAGAAGAUGAAGAAGAAGAGCGAGAACAUGAAGUUAUGACAGCUGGCAAAAUAUUUCAAUGUUUCCUAUCAGCCCGUGAAGUAGCUCGCAGUCGAGACCGAGAGAGAAUAAAUAGUGGGGUUGGGGCUCGAGCUGAUGAGCAGCCCCCUCAGUCCCAGCAAGAGCGACGCGUCAGCAGAGAUCUCCCCGAGGGCCAAGAUGUGUACACGGCUGCGUGCAACUCCGUGAUUCAUCGGUGCGCCUUGAUGAUUUUGGGAGUCAGCCCCGUUAUUGAGGAGCUGCAGAAGCGGAGGGAGGAAGGGCAAGUGCAUCUGCCUUCGACCGGCACUUCAGAAGGGGUUGGAUUGAUGACAAGAAGUGAAAGCCUGACUGCAGAGAGCCGCUCCAUCUAUUCCAGUUCAAGUUACAAACUGAUAAAAUCAAGGAGUGAAUCAGAUCUAUCUCAGCCUGAGUCGGAUGAAGAGGGUUACUCACUGAGUGGAAGGCAAAAUGUGGAUUUGGACUUGGCAUCAUCCCACAGAAAGAGGGUGUGUUUACUCCUUUUUGGCCAGUUGAGCCCCAGAAAAAAGAAGAGCUUCAAGCAAGUACAUGAUGGCGCAGUCCACAGCCCAAUCGAAGCUCUGAGCGAUUCGUGGACUCGGCUGAAACACAGCAGAGAUUGGCUCUAUACCUCCUCUUGUUCAUUUGGAGAGUCUGAUUUUGAUUUUACAAAGUCUGUUGGAGUUCAUACUUUGAUUGAAAAUGUCAUUAGCUUUGUAAGUGGAGAUGUGGGAAGCUCCCCGGGCUUUAAGGAGCCCGAAGAAAGUAUGUCCACGAGCCCGCAGGCGUACCUCACUGCAAUGGAGCAGCAGCAGCAGCGAGCAGAGCUGCGUUUGGAGGCACUUCAUCAGAUCCUUGUGUUGCUUUCUGGGAUGGAAGAAAAAGGCAGCACUCCGUCGUCAGGAGCCCGCCAAGGCCCCGAGUUCCAGUCUUCCUCACUUCUCACUUCUGUGAGGCUGCAGUUCCUAGCUGGGUGCUUUGGCCUGGGUACUGUCGGACACGCAGGAUCCAAAGGGGAGAGCGUCCGUUUACAUCACUAUCAGGAUGGUAUCAGGGCAGCUAAGAGAAAUAUCCAGACUGAAAUUCAGGUGGCUGUGCACAAAAUCUAUCAGCAACUCUCUGCAACUUUGGAAAGAGCCCUUCAAGCAAACAAACACCACAUAGAGGCACAACAGCGUCUCCUGCUGGUCACGGUGUUUGCCCUCAGUGUGCACUACCAGCCUGUCGAUGUCUCCUUGGCCAUUUCCACUGGUUUGCUCAACGUCCUGUCCCAGUUAUGUGGCACAGACACCAUGCUUGGUCAACCACUACAGCUGCUCCCAAAAAGCGGCAUUUCUCAGCUCAGUACAGCUUUAAAAGUAGCCAGUACCAGAUUACUCCAGAUCCUCGCCAUCACCACAGGAACCUAUGCAGAUAAAUUGAGUCCCAAAGUGGUGCAGUCUUUGUUGGAUCUGCUGUGUAGUCAGCUGAAAAAUCUGUUAUCGCAAGCUGGUGUGAUGCUCAUGGCUUCCUUUGGAGAAAAAGAAGAUGGUGAUGAAGAGGAAGAGGAGGGGAAAAAAGCAGAGUCAAAUGGAGAUAGUGAGAGGAAGGACUUCAGAGUGGCCCUCCGAAAACAGCACGCAGCAGAGUUGCACUUAGGAGACUUCCUAGUUUUCCUUAGACGGGUUGUUUCAUCAAAAGCUAUUCAGUCAAAAAUGGCUUCUCCAAAGUGGACAGAAGUGCUCCUGAAUAUAGCUUCUCAGAAGUGUUCUUCAGGCGUACCCUUGGUGGGCAACUUGAGGACCAGGCUGCUUGCACUUCAUGUCCUGGAAGCUGUGCUGCCGGCUUGUGAAUCGGGAGUUGAAGAUGAUCAGAUGGCUCAGGUAAUUGAGCGGCUGUUCUCCCUUCUGUCUGACUGUAUGUGGGAGAGUCCGGUUGCCCAAGCCAAGCACAGCAUUCAAAUCAAGGAGAAAGAACAAGAAAUGAAACUGCAGAAACAGGGAGAAUCUGAAGAAGAGGAUGAGAAUCUUCCUAUACAGGAAGUGUCCUUUGAUCCUGAGAAGGCCCAGUGCUGCCUAGUGGAGAAUGGUCAGAUCCUCACGCAUGGAAGUGGUGGGAAAGGGUAUGGAUUAGCAUCCACUGGAGUCACUUCAGGAUGUUACCAAUGGAAGUUCUACAUUGUGAAGGAAAACCGUGGCAACGAAGGCACUUGUGUUGGAGUAUCUCGCUGGCCGGUUCAUGACUUCAACCACCGCACUACCUCAGAUAUGUGGCUGUAUAGAGCAUAUAGUGGCAAUCUCUACCAUAAUGGGGAGCAGACGUUGACCCUGACCAGCUUUACCCAAGGAGACUUCAUAACGUGCGUGUUGGACAUGGAAGCGAGAACCAUCUCCUUUGGUAAAAACGGAGAGGAACCAAAACUGGCUUUUGAAGAUGUAGAUGCUGCGGAAUUAUACCCUUGUGUGAUGUUCUAUAGCAGUAAUCCUGGAGAAAAGGUCAAAAUCUGUGACAUGCAAAUGCGUGGCACCCCAAGGGACUUGCUGCCUGGGGACCCCAUCUGCAGCCCGGUUGCUGCCGUGCUGGCAGAGGCCACGAUUCAGCUCAUCCGCAUCCUCCACCGCACAGACCGUUGGACGCAUUGCAUCAACAAGAAAAUGAUGGAGCGGCUGCACAAAAUCAAGACGUGCCUUAAAGAAGGAGGCCAGAAACUGAAGAAGAGCCGUUCUGUCCAGAGCAGAGAGGAGAGUGAGGCGCGAGAGGAGAAGGAGAGCAAGGAGGAGGAGAAGGGCAAGCAUGGCAGUCGGCAUGGGCUGGCCGAGCUCUCUGAGCUGCAGCUGAAGACCCUCUGUGUGGAGGUCUGGCCGGUCCUGGCAGUGAUCGGUGGUGUUGAUGCUGGGCUGAGAGUGGGAGGGCGCUGCGUUCACAAGCAGACGGGACGGCACGCCACCUUGCUCGGAGUGGUCAAAGAAGGCAGCACGUCUGCCAAGGUCCAGUGGGACGAAGCAGAGAUAACAAUCAGCUUCCCAACUUUUUGGUCGCCUAGUGAUACGCCAUUGUAUAAUCUGGAACCUUGUGAACCCCUGCCUUUUGACGUGGCAAGAUUUCGUGGACUGACAGCCACUGUAUUGCUGGACUUAACCUAUCUGACUGGCAUCCACGAAGAUCUGGGGAAGCAGAGUGCCAAGCGACACGAGAAGAAGCACAAACACGACUCGGAGGACAAAGGAGACGACUUGAAAGUGGAAAGUGACUCCGCAUCAGAUGUGCGAUCCGUGCCAAGUUCUGAAGAGGUCAAAUGCCAUGGAGCAGCAAGCUCGAAAUCAGAAAGUGAAAUAGCUUCUUUUUCUUUAGAGUCUGUUUCCUUAGGUAUGGAGUGCCAGCAUCCCAAUGCAGAAGGCAAAAGAAAGAAUCAUGAACAUGCUUCAAAAAAUCACGAUGUGGUACAAUCAGAAAUCAGAGCGGUGCAGUUAUCCUACCUUUACCUCGGUGCUAUGAAAUCGCUUAGCACUCUUCUCAGUUGCAGUAAAUAUGCUGAAUUGCUGCUGAUACCAAAAGUCCUGGCAGAGAGUGGUCAUAAUUCUGAUUGUGCUAGCUCUCCCAUUGUUCACGAAGACGCUGAAAUGCGCGCUGCCUUACAGUUCCUGAUGCGCCACAUGGUGAAACGGGCAGUUAUGCGUUCGCCCAUCAAGAGGGCACUUGGACUGGCAGAUCUGGAACGAGCCCAAGCCAUGAUCUACAAGUUAGUGGUCCAUGGGCUGCUGGAGGACCAGUGUGGUGGCAGAAUUAAGCCAGAAGUGGAUCAGCAAGCAGAUGAAAAUGACCAAGCUCAGCAGGCCCAGACACCUGUGACCACGAGUCCUUCUGCUUCUAGUACCACGUCUUUCAUGAGCAGCUCUCUUGAAGACACUACAACUGCCACGACUCCGGUAACGGAUACCGAAACUGUGCCUGCCUCGGAGUCGCCUGGCGUUAUGCCUCUUAGCCUUCUUAGGCAAAUGUUCUCCAGCUACCCCACCACUACUGUACUUCCGACCAGACGUGCACAAACACCUCCAAUAUCCUCUUUGCCAACAUCUCCCUCUGAUGAAGUGGGCAGGAGACAAAGUCUCACCUCUCCUGACUCUCAGUCUGCAAGACCUGCCAAUCGCACAGCUUUGUCCGACCCGAGCAGCCGCCUUUCCACUUCACCGCCUCCACCUGCUAUUGCUGUGCCAUUGUUGGAAAUGGGGUUCUCCCUCCGGCAGAUUGCAAAAGCAAUGGAAGCCACAGGUGCAAGAGGAGAAGCUGAUGCCCAGAAUAUAACUGUCCUGGCAAUGUGGAUGAUAGAGCAUCCGGGGAAUGAGGAAGAUGAAGAGCCUCAGUCAGAAGAAACCGCAGAUUCCCGCCAUGGGACUGGAGUUUCUGGAGGCAGCGGGAAGUCAAACGAUCAGUGUUACUUGCAGUCUCCUGGAGACAUCCCUUCAGCCGAUGCCACUGAGAUGGAGGACAGCUUUAGUGAAAGUCAUGAUAAUAUGGAUCAUGCGGAAAAUGCAGCCUCUGGAAGUGGACCGACAUCAAGAGGGCGGUCGGCAGUAACAAGGAGACACAAAUUUGACUUAGCUGCUCGGACGCUGCUGGCAAGGGCUGCGGGAUUGUACCGCUCUGUACAGGCCCACAGAAAUCAGAGCCGGAGAGAAGGGAUCUCCUCCUUGCCUCAAGACCCUGGAGCCUUGUAUGAUUUCAACCUGGAUGAGGAGCUGGAAAUCGACCUGGAUGACGAAGCCAUGGAAGCCAUGUUUGGGCAGGACCUGGGCAGUGAUAAUGACAUUCUGGGAAUGUGGAUCCCAGAGGUACUGGAUUGGCCGACUUGGCAUGUUUGCGAGUCCGAAGACAGGGAAGAAGUGGUAGCAUGUGAGUUGUGUGAAUCCAGCGUUGUCAGCUUCAAUCAACACAUGAAAAGAAACCACCCUGGCUGUGGGCGGAGUGCAAACCGGCAAGGCUACCGUAGCAAUGGCUCCUACGUGGACGGAUGGUUUGGUGGGGAAUGCGGAAGUGGCAAUCCUUACUACCUCUUGUGCGGCAGCUGCCGAGAAAAGUACUUGGCUUUGAAGAGCAAAUCGAAGACGUCUGCCUCAGAAAGGUACAAAGGCCAAGCUCCCGAUCUGAUAGGGAAGCAAGACAGUGUCUAUGAAGAAGACUGGGACAUGUUGGAUGUCGAUGAGGAUGAAAAACUGACAGGUGAAGAGGAAUUUGAACUUCUGGCUGGACCUCUUGGGUUAAAUGACCGCCGUAUUGUGCCUGAGCCCGUUCAGUUCCCAGACAGUGAUCCACUGGGCGCCUCUGUUGCCAUGGUCACGGCCACCAACAGCAUGGAGGAAACACUGAUGCAAAUAGGUUGCCAUGGCUCCAUAGAGAAAAGUUCUUCUGGCAGAAUCACCUUGGGAGAGCAGGCUGCUGCUCUGGUGAAUCCACAUGACCGUGUUAUGGCUUUAAGGCGAGUGACGGCAGCAGCACAAGUCCUCCUGGCAAGAACGAUGGUCAUGAGAGCCCUCUCACUACUCUCUGUCAGUGGGUCAAGUUGCAGCCUUGCAGCUGGACUGGAGUCCUUGGGCCUAACGGAUAUCCGGACCCUGGUCCGAUUGAUGUGCCUGGCUGCCGCGGGCAGAGCAGGCCUUUCCACAAGUCCAUGCACUGUCUCCGCGUCCUCCGAGAGAUCGCGAGGCGUGCACAGCAAAAUGAGCAAGCCCAUUUCCUGCUUGGCCUACCUGAGCACCGCUGUGGGCUGCUUGGCUUCAAACACCCCGAGUGCUGCGAAACUGCUGGUGCAGCUGUGCACCCAGAACUUGAUUUCAGCAGCAACUGGUGUAAAUUUGACUACAGUGGACGAUCCGGUGCAACGAAAAUUCCUGCCAAGCUUUCUGCGAGGAAUAGCAGAAGAGAACAAGCUUGUAACAUCACCCAACUUUGUGGUGACUCAAGCGCUUGUAGCUUUGUUGGCAGACAAAGGGGCCAAACUCAGGCCAAAUUAUGAUAAAACCGAAGUUGAAAAGAAAGGUAUAAUUGCCCAUUUGUAUGCCCAUCCUUCCUAUGAUCCUUCUGCUGUAGGCCCUCUGGAGCUGGCUAACGCACUAGCAGCUUGCUGCCUUUCUUCAAGGUUGUCUUCGCAGCACAGGCAGUGGGCCGCUCAGCAGCUGGUCAGGACCCUCGCAGCUCAUGACCGCGACAACCAGAACAGCCCCCAGACCCUGGCGGACAUGGGCGGGGAUCUGCGCAAGUGCUCCGUCAUCAAGCUGGAGGCUCAUCAAAACAGGGUAAUGACCUGUGUGUGGUGCAACAAGAAAGGCCUUCUUGCAACCAGUGGGAAUGAUGGGACGAUAAGAGUUUGGAAUGUGACAAAGAAGCAGUACUCCUUGCAGCAAACAUGUGUCUUCAACAAAUUAGAAGAGGAUCCCGAGGAAAGCCUGGGCUCCCCCGGUGACCCCAGCUUGUCCCUGGUCUGUUGGAGUGUCAGUGGCAAGUAUCUGGCUGGAGCCCUGGAGAAGAUGGUGAACAUCUGGCAAGUCAACGGAGGAAAAGGCCUCUUGGAUGUUCAGCCCCACUGGGUGUCUGCUCUCACGUGGCCAGAGGAAGGACCAGCUACCGCCUGGACUGGGGAGUCUCCAGAAUUGCUGCUUGUAGGUCGGAUGGAUGGAUCUCUCGGGAUGAUUGAAGUGUUGGAUGUUUCCACCAUGCACAGGGUGGAGUUGGAGCACUGCUACAGAAAGGAUGUGUCUGUUACCUGCCUUGCCUGGUUCAGUGAAGAUAAACCGUUUGCAGUUGGCUAUUUGGAUGGGAAAUUGCUGAUAGGCACAAAAGAGCCACUUGCGAAAGGAGGAAUUGUUCUGGUUGAUGCACACAAGGACACCAUUGUUAGCAUGAAAUGGGACCCGACGGGGAAGAUGCUCCUGACAUGUGCUAAGGAAGAACUGGUCAAGCUCUGGGGGCACAUCGGGGGCUGCUGGCGCCAUCUGGACUCCCUGGCCCACCAGGCCGUUGUGAACACCGCCGCCUGGUGCAGCCUGCCAGGGAAAGGACCAGCGCUGCAGCUUGUGCUGGCUACAGGCUGCCAGAAUGGUUUACUCUGUGUUUGGACUGUUCCCCAAGAUGAGCUGGUCCUACUGCAGUCCAGUCAGAGUUGCUCCAAAGGAUGGUGGGACGAGGAAGCCAGUGGCAAGGAUGCAUACAGGAAAGUGGCCGAAACCAAGUGCAUUUAUCAGCUGAAAGGGCACAUCACCCCCGUCCGAACGGUGGCCUUCAGUUCUGAUGGACUGACCUUGGCAUCAGGUGGACUCGGCGGGCUUAUGAACAUUUGGUCUUUACGGGAUGGCUCCGUUUUACAGAGCGUUGUGAUUGGUUCUGGAGCUAUUCAGACUACUGUUUGGAUCCCUGAAGUUGGAGUUGCUGCUUGCUCUAGUAGAUCUAAGGACGUGCUGGUGGUGAACUGCACCUCGGAAUGGAUCUCUUCCAACCACGUCCUUGCCACGUGCAGGACUGCUCUGAAGCAGCAGGGCAUCCUUGGAUUAAACAUGGCGCCUUGCAUGAGGGCUUUCCUGGAACGCCUGCCCAUCAUGCUUCAGGAGCAGUAUGCUUAUGAGAAGCCCCAUGUGGUGUGCGGGGACCAGCUUGUUCACAGUCCCUACAUGCAGUGCCUGGCCUCGCUUGUGGUGGGGCUGCACCUAGACCGGCUCCUGUGUAGCCCCCCAGCCCCGCCUCACCACCAGACCUGCCUCCCUGAUCCUUCCACCUGGAAUCCUACUGAGUGGGCCUGGCUCGAGUGCUUCUCGACCACCAUCAAGGCUGCUGAAGCUCUGGCCAAGGGAGCCCUCUUCCCAGAAUCAUUUACGGUCCCCGAUCUGGAGCCUGUGCCAGAGGAGGAACUUGCACUCCUCAUGGAUAAUGGCAAAUGGAUCAAUGGGAUGGACGAGCAGAUUAUGUCUUGGGCAACAUCACGGCCUGAGGACUGGCACCUUGGUGGGAAAUGUGACGUGUAUCUGUGGGGAGCCGGACGGCAUGGGCAGCUAGCAGAGGCUGGGAGGAAUGUCAUGGUGCCUGUAUCCGCGCCCUCCUUCUCGCAAGCUCAGCAGGUCAUUUGUGGCCAAAAUUGUACAUUUGUGAUCCAAGCUAACGGAACGGUUUUGGCUUGUGGAGAAGGGAGUUAUGGUCGGCUGGGUCAAGGAAACUCAGAUGACCUUCAUGUGCUCACAGUUAUCUCAGCACUGCAAGGUUUUGUGGUAACCCAGCUGGUGACUUCUUGUGGAUCUGACGGGCACUCCAUGGCUUUGACGGAGAGCGGAGAAGUGUUCAGUUGGGGGGAUGGCGAUUACGGCAAACUGGGCCAUGGGAACAGUGACCGACAGCGCCGGCCGAGACAGAUCGAGGCCUUACAAGGAGAAGAAGUUGUGCAGAUGUCUUGUGGCUUCAAGCACUCAGCAGUGGUGACUGCAGAUGGCAAACUGUUUACAUUUGGGAACGGUGAUUAUGGCCGGUUGGGAUUAGGAAACACGUCCAACAAGAAGCUUCCGGAAAGAGUGAUGGCACUGGAGGGCUAUCAGAUUGGGGAGGUUGCUUGUGGGUUAAACCACACCAUAGUUGUGUCCACGGAUGGCUCCCUGGUUUGGGCUUUUGGUGAUGGUGAUUACGGAAAGCUGGGCUUGGGAAACUCAACUGCAAAAUCCUCGCCACAGAAAGUAGAUAUUCUUUGUGGAAUUGGAAUUAAAAAAGUCGCCUGUGGGACGCAGUUUUCAGUUGCAUUGACGAAAGAUGGACAUGUAUAUACAUUUGGGCAAGACCGACUGAUUGGCUUACCAGAAGGCAGAGCCCGGAACCACAACCGUCCCCAACAAGUUCCAGCCUUGACUGGCGUCUUCAUUGAAGAUGUCGCUGUGGGAGCUGAACACACGCUAGCUCUGUCCUCUUCUGGGGACGUGUUUGCUUGGGGUAGCAACUCAGAAGGGCAGCUUGGAUUGGGCCACACCAACCAUGUCCGAGAGCCAACUCUCAUUACGUUCCUGCAAGGGAAGAAUGUCCGGCAGAUUUCAGCAGGACGGUGUCACAGUGCUGCGUGGAGUGCGCCUCCAGUGCCCCCACGAGCUCCAGGGGUGUCGGUGCCCUUGCAGCUGGGCUUGCCCGAUGCCGUUCCACCGCAGUACGGGGCACUGAAGGAAGUGAGCAUCCACACCGUGCGGGCCAGGCUCCGGCUGCUCUAUCACUUCUCAGACCUCAUGUAUUCCUCGUGGAGGUUGCUGAAUCUCAGUCCCAAUAACCAGAGCAGCACAUCCCAUUACAAUGCGGGCACUUGGGGCAUUGUCCAGGGGCAGCUGAGGCCGCUGCUUGCACCUAGAGUCUACACCCUCCCCAUGGUCCGCUCCAUCGGGAAGACCAUGGUGCAGGGGAAGAACUACGGGCCCCAGAUAACGGUCAAAAGGAUAUCAACCAGAGGUCGGAAGUGUAAGCCUAUUUUUGUGCAGAUCGCCAGACAAGUUGUGAAGCUAAACGCUUCCGAUCUCCGCUUACCCUCUCGUGCCUGGAAAGUGAAAUUAGUUGGAGAAGGGGCUGAUGAUGCUGGCGGAGUCUUCGAUGACACCAUCACCGAAAUGUGCCAGGAACUUGAAACUGGCGUGGUGGAGCUUUUGAUUCCUUCCCCAAAUGCCACAGCUGAAGUAGGCUACAAUAGAGAUAGGUUCCUCUUCAACCCUUCCGCCUGCUUAGACGAACACCUGAUGCAGUUCAAGUUCCUGGGCAUUCUGAUGGGCGUGGCCAUUCGUACCAAGAAGCCUUUAGACCUCCACCUGGCCCCCAUGGUCUGGAAGCAACUGUGCUGUAUCCCACUCACCUUGGAGGACCUGGAGGAAGUGGACCUUCUCUACGUGCAAACCCUCAACAGCAUUCUUCACAUUGAAGACGGUGGGAUUACGGAAGAGAAUUUUCACGAGAUGAUUCCUCUGGAUUCUUUUGUUGGCCAGAGUGCCGAUGGAAAAAUGGUGCCCAUAAUCCCUGGUGGGAACAGUAUCCCACUCACCUUCUCAAACAGGAAGGAAUACGUGGAGAGGGCCAUCGAGUACAGGCUCCAUGAAAUGGACCGCCAGGUGGCUGCAGUGCGUGAGGGGAUGUCUUGGAUCGUGCCCGUGCCCUUGCUGUCUCUGCUCACUGCUAAGCAGCUGGAGCAGAUGGUCUGUGGAAUGCCAGAAAUUUCCGUGGAAGUCCUGAAGAAGGUUGUGCGGUACAGAGAAGUCGAUGAGCAGCACCAGUUGGUGCAAUGGUUCUGGCACACGCUAGACGAGUUCUCCAAUGAGGAGCGAGUCCUUUUCAUGAGGUUUGUCUCGGGGAGAUCUCGCCUCCCGGCUAACACAGCAGAUAUUUCUCAGCGUUUCCAAAUAAUGAAGGUUGAUAGGCCUUAUGACAGCUUGCCUACCUCACAGACUUGUUUCUUUCAACUGAGGCUCCCGCCCUAUUCCAGUCAGCUAAUCAUGGCCGAGCGUUUGCGCUAUGCAAUCAACAAUUGCAGGUCUAUAGAUAUGGACAAUUACAUGCUGUCCCGCAACGUGGACAACGCCGAGGGCUCGGACACAGAUUACUAACCCUGUGGACAAAAUCAUCUUCCUCUCGCACAAACAGCACCCCUGGUCAGAUUUCAAUGUGGAUGCCAUUUUCUGGUAACGGUAGAUGUGUUAGGAACAUAAACUGCGGCCACCUUUUUAGUUACUCUAAAUGUAAUGAAACUUAGAUGUGUUUAUUUUUUGUGAUUGUAAACAAAAAAAAAUGCAAAAAAGUGAGAUCAGUAAGGGUUUUUCCCCCCUUCCCUUCCCCCCAUUUUUGUUCACUUUUGAUAAGUUUGCAUGGAGCCUUUCUGGUGCAUUUUUGUUGGGAAUGGUAUAUUUAUAAGCCCUCCCAGUGAACAUGAAGAGUUGUACAUUGUGUAUAAUUGUUCAUUAGAAAGGACAGUUUUACAUGAAUAUUCAUAUAUUUAUUUUUGUUUUACUUUGAAAUGCCUGUGCAGGGUUCCUUAUGCAGAGAAAAUAAAGCAUAUUCAAGAACUGAA